AUGGCGGAGGCUACCGAAAAUCCAUCUGUGUCGGAGCCUGUCAAACCUGAAUUGUGGAAAACUGUCACUGAGCCGAGUAAAGUCAUCGAAACGUACUAUUCGGAAGGAAAUUUCUAUCACGAUGUUCAUAUUGAAGAGUUGGCAACUCUAGCGAACACUUCUCAUAAAAAUGUGCGAGACACGCUCUCCCGUCUCCGCAAAAAGGACGAGAAAGCUGGAAAAUUUGUUCCAGCAGCGCCACGUCAACAAUACGAAUUCUCGGAUGAGCAGAGAAAGAUGUUGGAAGACGCAUUCAAUGGAGAAUUCGACUAUGGGAACAAAAUGUCAACGGAGGCGACAAGAGCGCUCGCAAUGGAAGCGAAAUUGACGGUGAAGCAGGUGAACAAUUGGUUCUGUAACCAGCGACGAAAGCGAGAUGGAAGAAGCGCCGAGAAGGAUAAGAAGAGAAGAGAGAAAAUGAAAUUGGAGCGAUUGAGCAAGGGUCUCGGGCGCCCAAACAUCUUCUCAGCGGAAGACUUGCAAAUGUUCUCUCAAUACUAUAUUGCUGCUGGAAUGGCUGCAAUGAACGGACAGAAAUUCAAAGUUCCCUAUGGAGAACUGGCGGAAAAGACGCAGAUCGAUCGAAAGAAGAUUCGGGAUUGGUUUUCGAAGAAGAAGGCGAAGGAGAAUAAGCUGAAGAACAUGGAUAAUGUAGAGAAUGAGGAGGACGAAGGGGAGGAAUCAGAUGAGUCGGUGAAAGAAGAGGAUUGUUCGAAUGCCUCGUACACUUCUUCUAACAACGAUACCGAAAUGGCGGAGGUUGAUGAGCAAGCUGAGGAACAGGAAAAACAAGAGGAAGAAGUGAAGGAAGAAGAGGACACGGAAGAGAAGCCUGCAGAACCUGAGCAGCCUCAAAGUUCUGCGGCGAGUGCUCCUGCUCCAGAUUCCAAUAAUGUCUCGAGAUCUCUGAAAGAAAUCCUUGAAACUCUAUUCGUAAAGCCGUAA